UUCUCAUUACUUUUUCUUUAAACCAUAAACCCCUUUUCUUUCUUUCUCUUUGAAGGUAGUAGCAAUGUCUGACAACUUACCUGAAGUUUCGAAAUCCAUCACCGAAGAAGCAAUGUGGGACUCUCUUCCUCAUGAAAUCCUAACCCACGUUUUCCUACGCCUACCCAUCAAAUCCAUCAUCACUUGCACCUCUGUCUCCAAAACAUGGAAAUCCCUCAUCCGAAACCCCUCUUUCAUUUCCACUCAUCUUCACCACUCCUCCAACAACGACCUCCUCCUCUUCAGACUCUGCCCUAAGCCUCUCGCCAAAGCAGUCAAACAACGGGAACGAAUCGGAGACGAAAAAGAAGUCUACGCUUUACAUUGGGACGACAACACCAAUUUCCAUCAAUACACCACCUUUGACGACUUCCCUUUCCAUGGCCAAAGUGCUACUGGUGUAUUCCGCGUGGUUGGUACUUGUAAUGGCUUGAUUUGCCUAGCUGAUGAUUUAAACACUUAUGCUUAUAAUUUCAUUCUCUGGAACCCUUGUGUUAAAAAAUAUGUGCAACUUCCUACCCCCAAUUUCUCCUUCAUGACUACCGGUCCCUUCACCGCGGCUGUUGGGUUUGGGUUUGAUUCCAAAACCAAUGACUAUAAGGUCGUGAGGUUUGUUACUCCUGAGGAUGGCGACUUCGAAGAGGGUGAAUCUACACCCAAGGUUGAGGUCUACUCACUUGCCACUGGGAAAUGGAGAGUGGUUACUGCUCAAUGUCCCAAAUGUGCUGUUCGUGAUACAAUGUUGGUCUACCUACGCCUACAGGCUUUUGUCAAUGGGGCUUUGCAUUUGGUUUGUUACAAGACAACUCCAGAAAUCAGAUUUCUCCACUUUGUUUUGGUGUUUGAUUUGGAGGAUGAGGUCUUCCGCGAGAUACCACUGCCUAAGCAUUCCGAUAUGUUCUAUUGGAAGUGGGUAUCUAUUUUGGCAUAUGGGAAUUCCAUUGCCGUGAUCGAACCUGGGUAUUCUGUUGACACUCUCGAUAUAUGGGUGUUGAAAAACUAUGCAGAUGCGUCAUCAUGGACCAAAAUUAUAAGUUUGGAUGCUCAAGUGCCCCCACAGGACAUACCAAGGCCACCUUCAGGUUUUUACAGAGUGAAAAUACCUAGCCUAAAAGCUUUUAGAAAGAGUGGUGAGGCUAUAUUGGAAACAUAUAAAAAAUGGCUUGUCUCGCGGAACCUUGAGACCCAAGAGGUUAAAGAUCUUGGGAUUACUGGAUCUAAGUAUAGUUUUGUUGAUCCUUACAUUGAGAAUCUAGUUUUGCUAGACAAACCCGACCUUGCAGUUACUUACUAAGGGAAAGAAAGAGGACCAACAAGAGGCAAGGACUUUGUGCAAUCAUGGAUGUUGAUGAGAUGUACAUAACAGACUUCAACUCAGAGAAAGAAAAGAGUCAACAAAGUCUUUUGAUGGUGUGUGGUUAUUUAGCGUUGGCAUUAGUUUAUUAUGUCAAAAUAGAUUGUAGUUAGAACUUUAAAGGAGUUUAUUUUUUUAAACUAACUUGGGCUACACCACUCUUAUGUUAGUAUUUCUGGAUGAUUUGAAGUUUGGUUUCUGUGCAUUUACAAAAAUGAUUAAGCACUAUAUUGUAUGCCAUGCGCAUUAUGUGUGUGUGUUAAAUUUCUCCUUGCUUUACAUCUAUCCAAUGGGUGUAAAGGUAUCUAUGGAAAAAUUCUAUAAAUCUGUCUUUUAAUCUUAGGAUGUGUACAUUUAUGAUGAUAGGAAGGAGUGAUGCAUAUUGCCACUGAGUUUGUCUAGUUUUGUAUGUUGUGCAGUCAAUACACAAUCAAGUAAAUAAUGCGUACUGCCUUGUUAGUUGUAAACCAUCUGAUGCCUACUACAGGCUGUGUUUGUGUCUGAUAUUGUUUGUUUUGCUACUGCGGGGUCCAAUGUAGUGAGUUGCCUGUGCUACUAUACUUGCUUGCUGCUGUUGUGUUAAUUGGCCUGUUGCCUGUUAUGCUUGCUUCAUCUGUGUGUUGGUCAACUGCCUGUAGUGCAGUCUGCUGCCUCUGCGGUUCUAUGUAUUGUUGUAUUCUAUCUUAUUUGCUAUUUAGCAGUGUUAGCAGAUCCUGAGAUUUGAGUACUAGGAUAGGUAAUUGCAUGUAAUCUGUUUGGCUGAUGCAUAUCAAGAGUGCAUGUCAUCAGUUAGUUAUUGGUCCAUCUUCAUAACUAGCCAAAUUAGAUGU